GAACGGGGGCUGGUAUUUAUUUGCAAUCGUUCUCAGGAAAUUCGUACCUGCUAGUUUUGCGUUUCGGUGGCAAGUUUGGCGGCCUGGCGACGUGCCUUCGACGUGCCUUUUGCAGUUAGUAAUAAUUUAAUUUGUGUUCCUCGUUCGGUUGCGUUCGGUGCGUUUGUGCGUUUUUGUGUUUUGAUCAUCGCAUCUCUUUGUUGGCACGGUAAAACGCGAAUGAUGUGUCACUUGCUGCAACGAUGCUGAAGGAGGAAAGCUAUUCCCAAUAGUGCUGAUUCAUAGCAGCGUAGGGCAACCAUCCGUGGCGAUAGGCGGAAGGGAAGAGCGCAGGAACCGGAUACUAGUAGCGCUCGCGGAGGGUGGAGGAAACUAGACGAUAACGUCCAGGACACCAGGGGCUGCCCGAUCGACCUGUAGCUGCAAGGGUGGCAUCGUUUUCCGCACGGCCACCAAAUAUACAAAGCUUGUGAAAGUUUCGUUUUCGGCUGCCAGCACAGCCGGUUGGAAGGAGGUGUGGAGGUGGGGGAGGGGAGAAGAAGGCCGCACGAUUUCCGCUGGCAGCAGCAGCAGCAGCAGCAGCGCUCGCUCGGUGUGUUGGUGAGCGGAAUAAUUGUGCGUGGAUCACUUAAUUUGUUCGAGCGGGUGGUGAAAGAAAGUGACCUUUUUUUGCGCCCCGAUCGAGUUUCGGGGGUUUUGCCGUAAGCGAGCGUCAUCGAAAUCCGAAAGCCACCCACCACUCGAGGGUGGAGGAGAGUCGGCAUCGAAUCGCCAAUCAGCUGUUCAACAAUCAUUACAUCAACAGGCGGAAAAAAGGAAAAAUAACGGAACAAUUAAAUUAAACAACCACACGACAAUUCGGCAGCCAACAACGAGGAAAAAAUGUGGAGUCCAACGCACAUUCAGGUGACAGUGCAACGCGCCAAAGGGUUGCUGAUGAAGGGUAAGGGUGGCACGAACAACUGCUUCGUGAUCAUCGCCCUGGGCAAGGAGAAGUACCAGACGUCGAUCAAGGAGAAGGCGCCCGAGUCGGUCAUCUGGAAUGAGGAGUGCGAGCUGCAAAUACCGUCGCAGGGCAACCAGGCGCAGCUGGUGCUGACGGCGCUGCACCGGAACACGAUGGGUAUGGACGAGUUUCUGGGGCGCGUCGUGCUGCCGCUGAACGAGAUGGACGUGUACGAGCGGCCCCGCUCCCGCUGGCACAAGCUGGAGAGCAAGGACCGGGAGAAGAAGAAGGAGAAGGAGCGGGGCGAGCUGGAGGUGCGCAUCUCGUUCACGGUGAAGGCCGGCUCGCUGACCGACCUGAGCAAGAAGGAGAAGAGCAAGAGCUCGAUCAGCAACCUGGCGUCGAGCGUGGGCGGUUCGCUGCUGAGCAUCGGUGCGAUCGAGAAGCGCAAGGGACUGAAGAAGAUCGCCAAGUCGAUCGGCUCGAAGAUGCACAUCUCCGGGCUCGGCAAGGGCAAGGGCAAGGAGUCGGGCGGUGGACCGGACGACGGCAGCUCGAUGUACAGCGGUAGCUACUCGAGCCUCAGCGGGGUUGGUGCGGGCGGCAACGGAAACGGCAGCUCGGCGGCGACGCUCGUGGCCGGCGGCGGAUCGUCGUUGGGCGGUCGGCAAUCGAAGCAAACGUUCGGUGACGCCGACCCGGGUGUCAUCAGCGAGGAUGAGGACGAGUUCGUGCUGGACAACCUUUCGCACAAGAGCUCGAACGGGUCGCUCAACUUGCGCGCGGCCAAGAACGAGGAGCGUUCGCCGACGACGCUGCGUCAACAUCCGCCGAACGUGCCGGCGCGUACCGCCCACAGUCUGCCCAGUGCCGAGCUUGGAGCCGAGGAGAAGGCACCACCACCGCCGGCACCGGCCGCCGGCACCAAGGUGGACGAGUGGGAGCAGAAGCUGUACGGUCGGAAUCAUCUGCUCGACAUCGGCAGCACGGACUCGCUCAAGCGCCGGUCGUGGGAAAGCUCGCGCGUGAUGCUAUCGGUGCAGCAGGAAGAUCAGGAGCAGGAGGCGGCCGAGCGGGAGGCCAACGACGCGGACGUGGGCCAACCGCGGGGCCAGCGUGGCUCCAUGACGGCUCCCACCUCGCCGGAUCUGGACGGCAGCGCCAAGGCAGCAGCAGCGGCGCCACCAAAGCCACUGCCACGCGUCGGGUCGCAGGAUACGGCGGUUGGGCGGCAGUCGCCGGCACCGGCGGCGUCCCACGAGGCCAAACCGGAGAAGGAGAGCUUCACCAAGAAGCUGAAGCACUUCGUGAAGGAUCGCAGCGGCGCGCACCGGGCAGACUCGCUGGAAAAUCUCAGCACGGCUGCGGCCACGGCCACGGCAGCCGGCAAGAAACUCGGCGCGAAACGCCAGCAGGGUGGUGGCGGGGGGAUCGGUUCCGGUUCGGCCGACCAGCGCAUCAUCAUCGGCGGUGAGCACGGCGGGGCGGACGGGAUGACGAUGGCAUCGGCCGCGGCGGCCGCCGCCGCCCAGCGCCAGUCGAAGCUCGCUCAGGUGUCACCGGAAACGCUCGCCAAGUACGAGGGCAAGUCGCGCGAGGAGGUGAUCCGGAUCGCGCACAACCUCGAGAGCGAGGUGCACUACCAGAAGCAGAAGGUAAAGGAGCUGGAGGACUAUCUCGACAGUUUGCUGCUCAAGGUGAUGGAAUGCCACCCAAAGAUCCUCCAGAACCCGUACCAGAAGGCAACGCCCACGAAGAGUGGAUGAUCAACAUGGUCCGCGACGCUAGCUGCAGCAUCCCCCACUCGGGCCCAUCCUUUUCUUCCACGCUGGCUAGGCUAACCUCGAUCGAUGGGGGGUCCGUCCAAAGCGCCAGCCAAGCGGCACCCGGACCUGAGGGGGUUCUUUCUUCUUGUUUAUUUUUAGUGGAACCGUAAAUUCAAUUCAUUAGCGACGUGGCGUGCCAAAACACCACCGAUGCGAGCGAUCCUGCAAACGGUGCCCGGCGGAUAAUCCUCCUGUGCAAAACUAAACCCCAAAAAUCAAAACAUAAGAAUGUGUCAAAAUAGCGGCCACGUUGUGCCUUCGGUUUUUCGAUUCAAGACAUGUCUCGGAGCCGUCCCGAAACCGUUUGCAAGAUCCGCCGGUCCACCAUACAGAGGCAGCUCCGGUUGCUGGACGCCUAAUGCUAAUGGGUGCAAUUUAUCGUAUGCGAACGGUUGAUCAAAAUUAUUCCCCGAAAAAGAUAAAUUAUACCCGUGAUAGAGAGAAGUAUGAUUGGACACAGUUUUUACACACAACUACUCAUUAAUUGUAACACACACACACACGCAUACAUUUACACACAAAACCACACACAAAAUACACCGAUAUCUCGCAUUUGCACCGUUCCCAGGGCGCAUUUGAUCCGGGGUUGCGAUUUAAUGCACUACACUAAUCCCCCGCUUCCGUUCGCUGCCCGUCAAUGUGCGCUUCCGUUGUGUGCAGUUGAUACAUGCCAGCACAACGAGUUUAAGCUGUCCAAUUCGCCAACAAAUUGCAAUCUUCCUGUUUUAUUUUAAACCAUUCCACACAAGAAGUGCAAGUGAUGUCUAAUUGCUUUUUACCAUGGCGAACUCUUAUCCCUUAUGUUUUGUUUUGAGCCAAUGUUAGGAUCCAACAUUUGUACGUAGUUCCCAAUGAUGUUCGUUUUAACUUGGUGGAUUCUACAGCAAGAAGGGGUUGCGUUGCAAUCUACCGAACAUUAUUGGUUCCGAUUGUGAAAAUACUUCACCGUACACAGAAGACCUUUUACUCCCAUCCCACUAGACGUAACAAAACGUUGUUAUGGGUCAAUUUUGUGUUUGUUUGCUAACUGUAUGUGUUUUUUUCAACUGUUGUUUCUGGUGAGCACUGAACGAGCGAAUAAGCGCGGGAUUAUUGUAUACCUUAUCCAUAAGAAACACCAAACCAAGCAGAAACAGAGAGAGAGAGAGAGAGAGAAAAAAGGAGAACAAAAUUUAAUUAUACACCAUUAUUGUGGUUAGAAACAUAUAAAGAGAGGGAAGGAAUUAAAAUACUAUGAGGAUCUGCCGACGAAACCGAGCCCAAAACCGGAUCGUCGUAUCGAUUGAUAGACACAGAUAAAGAAAGAGAGAAAGAGAGAGAAGGUAGUUUUUUAAAAGUACAUUGGCGUGUCGAUAACUUUCUACAUUAUAGCCACGGUUAGUUACUUUUAAAUAAUUAUUCUAUUGUUAUUAUUAAUAUUAUUUUUUUACUAUUAAAAUCUUACACUGAACACAAGUGGAAC